CCUGUUUCCAGGCAGAGAUAGUUCUCAACAUGGCGGCGACGGGGAACGACGAGCAGACGCUGUUGCCAGAUAUCGAAGAGGAGGCUGAGGGCAUGGAGCGAGAGAUGGAGUCUGAGGAUGAGGAGGAGGAAGAAGGGAUGGGAGUCGAGCAUUCCGAGGAGGAGGAUGAAGAGGACACGUCCGAGGACGAGAGGGAAAAUGAAGCCGAGAUCCAGCGGCUGGAGGAGCAGCUGUCAAUCAAUGCAUUUGACUACAACUGCCAUGUGGACCUGAUCAAACUCCUGCGGCAAGAAGGGAAACUUCACAGACUGCGCAAAGCCAGACAGAAGAUGAGCGAACUCUUUCCUCUCACUGAAGAGAUUUGGCUGGACUGGCUGAAGGAUGAAAUCCGCAUAACAGAAGAUGAAUCAGACCGUGAGAAAGUCUACGAGCUGUUCGAGAGGGCUAUCAAGGAUUACGUCUGUCCAGAGAUCUGGCUGGAGUAUGUACAGUACUCCAUUGGCGGAAUGGGAGCACAGGGGGGCAUUGAACGGGUUCGCUCCAUCUUUGAGAGGGCAUUGACCGCUGUUGGUUUACACAUGACUAAAGGAGCUUCACUCUGGGAGGCCUACAGGGAGUUUGAGAUUGUGAUUCUCUCCACAGUCCAGCCUCCUCCUGGCAGUGUUCCAUCACAAGAGCAGCAGGAACUGUUGAGCGCGCAGCUCGAGCGCAUACACACACUCUUCAGACGGCAGCUAGCUGUACCUCUGAUGGAUAUGGAGAGUACACACGCAGAGUAUUCAGACUGGGCAGAUGAUGGCGUACCCGAUACAGUCACACACCAGUACAGACGUGCCCUGCAACAGAUGGAGAAAGGCAAACCGUAUGAGGAGGCCUUGCUGGUAUCUGAACCUCCAAAGCUGGCCGAGUAUCAAUCCUACAUAGAUUUUGAGAUGAAGGAAGGAGAUCCAGCCCGCGUCCAGAUCAUAUUCGAGCGAGCGCUUGCCGAGAACUGCCUCGUGCCAGAUCUCUGGAUCAAAUACACCACGUAUCUGGAUCGUCAAUUGAAAAUUAAAGAUCUAGUGUUAUCUUGUCAUGAGCGAGCCGUCAGGAACUGUCCCUGGACCAUGGGCCUGUGGAAGAGCUAUCUUUUGGCCCUAGAGAGGCAUGGGGCCGACCAUCAGACAGUGACAGACGUGUUUGAAAAGGCUCUGAAUGCAGGAUUCAUCCAGGCGACUGAUUAUGUAGAAAUCUGGCAAUCUUAUCUGGACUACCUGAGGAGACGUGUUGACUUCAGUAAAGAGUGGAGCAGGGAGUUGGACGAGCUGCGGGCAGCUUUUGCGCGCUCCCUUGAAUAUCUGAAACAGGACGUUGAAGAGAGGUUCAGUGAAAGUGGAGAUCUGUCCUGCACGCUAAUGCAGAUCUGGGCGAGGAUAGAGGCCUUACACUGUAAGAACAUGCAGAAGGCUCGAGAGCUGUGGGACAGCAUCAUGACAAAGGGAAAUGCGAAGUACGCCAACAUGUGGCUGGAAUAUUACAACCUGGAAAGGUCAUAUGGAGAUGCCACUCACUGCAGGAAGGCUCUUCACAGAGCAGUACAGUGUACAUCAGACUACCCUGAGCACGUGUGUGACGUCCUGCUCAACUUUGAAAGAGUGGAAGGCUCUUUGGAAGACUGGGAUGCUGCAGUCCAAAAAACAGAGACCAAACUCAAUAGAGUCUGUGAGCAGAGAGCAAGAGUGGCUGAAAAAGAGGCUCUCCACGCCAGACAAGAAGAGGAGAAGGCAGAGCAAAGGAGAAAAGUCAAGGCAGAUAAAAAAGCCCAGAAAAAAGGCCAGAAGGCAAACAGAACAGGGGAUAAACGGAAAGCUGAAGACGACUAUGAGGAGGAAUGGGGAGAAGAAGCAGAGCUGCCGUCCAAGAGGCACCGAGGAGAGGACGACUUUGACAGCACGGUCACGGAGGAGCUCAUGGAGACAGAAAGUGGACUUUUUGGCCGCCGAGCUCCACCAGCACGUAAAAAUGAGCCACCUGGUUUUCGAAAGAACCAGCAGGGAGCGCCUGAACCACAGCGACAACCCCACGACAUGCCAAAGGAGCAGCGCAAAGAUGAAAACUGUGUGUUUGUCAGUAACUUGACCUUUAAUAUGGAGAACCCAGAAGGCAAGCUGCGAACAUUGUUUCAGGGUUGUGGGACCAUACAGCAGGUGCGGCCUGUGUUUACAGCAAAAGGUACAUUUAGAGGCUAUUGCUACGUGCAGUUUGAAGACCGGCUGGCUGUACCCGAGGCACUGAAAAUGGACAGGCAGGAAGUGGACGGGCGGCCUAUGUACGUGUCUCCUUGUGUGGACAAGAAUAAGAAUCCUGACUUCAAGGUUUUUAAGUACAAAACUUCAAUGGAGAAGCACAAGAUCUUCAUCUCGGGCCUGCCAUACUCCGCCACAAAAGAGACACUGGAGGAUCUCUGUAAAGAACACGGCACAAUCAGAGCCAUCCGGAUAGUCACCAACCGCUCUGGCAAAUCCAAGGGUUUAGCGUAUGUGGAGUUUGAAGAUGAAGCACAGGCCUCUCAGGCGGUGUUGAAGAUGGAUGGCAGCAUGUUGGAGAACUUCACCCUCUCUGUUGCCAUUAGCAACCCCCCAGGCAGGAGGAUGAAAGACGAAGCAGCGCCAAGUCGAUUCCUGGGGGCAGCGAUGCCAAGGCAACUUCAGGGAGCAAGGGGUAAAGGACGCACUCAGAUCUCUCUGCUGCCGCGCUCUCUGUACCGGCAGAGCACUCCAGAUGCCAAAGCAGAGAACGGCACCAUCUCUGCACCUCAUGCCACAGUGACAGACGGAGAAACCAGCCUGGACACGCAAACCAAGUCUCUUUCUAACGAGGACUUUGCCAGGAUGCUCCUCAAGAAGUGAAACUGUAUGCAGAUAAACCCCCUGCCUUCUGACAGAAAGCCAUGCUGUGUCCUUAUGAAGCCCGGCGGAGAAACAGCGUUUUAAUUUAGCCUACUUUCUGUAAAUACGAGCCCACCCCUCAAUAUAUAUAGAUAAUAUGACUAUUUUAACACCCCAUCCGUAGAGAUGCGAGCUGUGUUGUUUUCUUUAUUUAAUAAGUAAUAAAGAAAGGGAUUUGGGGGGGCAGAUUUCAGAUUUUGUCAGUGAGUAUUUUUUUAACAGGAUGUUAAUGCAAGGUAUAUGCAAGAACAUUUAAUAAGAAGAUACAUGCAUCAUAAACCGCUUCAUUUCUCAAUAGAUCCCAUGCGGGGGAAGCUGAUGUGUCUUUCACCUCUACAACAACAACAAAAUAAUAAAGACAUACCUUUUAUUUGACGUUGAUCAGAACUGCAUGUUGUAUAAAUAAUUUAUUUGCAGCACCACAUCCAUCUGAUACGGUCAUGCAUGUGUGGAAUCACAGCUGUCUUCAUAACAGCUCUAAAUGAAGACUUAUCGAUGAUCUGGUCAGGAAUUAAAAUCCAGCAUCACAUACGUUUGUGAUUGAAGAUCACCUUUUGUGUUUCCGCAGCGCUUGAACUGAAAGCUGUGCGCUGGCGAUGCAUUAUAUUUGAGCUUUUAGAUUUUGUAUUUUCUCCAAGCGCUGCCCUUUCAGUUACUUCAUUGACGACACAGCUUGCAAAACCUGCCUUACCUGGUGUGCUCAAGGGUGCGAAAGGAAUCGUUCACCUAAAAAUGAGAAUUCACUCCUUAUUUGCUAUCAAGUAGCUCCAAAUCUUCUUAAGUUUCUUUUUCUAUUAAACACAAUUGCAGAUGAAUCCUGGAAAAUGGCAACAGUAGAGAAAAGCUACUGGUUUCGAACAUUCUUCAAAUUAUCUUUUUCAUUCCACAUAUGGGAGAAUUUUUAAUUUUAGGAGAACUUUUUCUUGAAGGUUAAAGCCAGCCACAGCCAGAUUCAGCUCUAGGAGUAAAGUUUUAGCUAAUCCAGUGUGUGUGUGUGUGUGUGUGUGUUGGCUGAGGAUCACAGUUUCUGCUUUAGACUUUCCCCAAUGUUGAAGAAUCUAUGCAGCUGUAAAUUGCUCAAACUUUCCGCUGCGAGUUCACUCGACUGAAUCCCAUCCUAUUCUGUAUUGUGUAUAUACACACACGCACACGACAUAUAUCAUCCAAAAUGUUCUGGAUGUUGGUAUUAUUUACUGGAUAUGAUGGACGUGUGCAUUUCAUCCACUAUUUUUACGUCGUUUUAUUUUUGAUCGUGUUUGUUCACACCCCUCAAUGGUUGGCCAUAGUUUUGUAAAACAUUUGUAUAUUUUGAACUAAAAUUUAGAACAAAGUAGCUCCUAUAUAUUUGCGUUUGAUCACCACAGUGGCCUAAAGUAGUGCUUGAGGAACAAAAAAAAGAAUCAAAAUAAAACGUGCUGUUGCAAAUGUCUUGUUCAACAUAUAAAAAAAAGAGAGAAAACAUGGUAUAUGUGUGGUAAAUUGUUCACUUUUUCUUGAUUUUGUUUACUGGAUGGAUUAUUUUGAUUAUAGAUUGGUGAUUUUUCUUUAGCGCCGCCUUCAGUGUCAUCUUUAAGGCACAUUUAUAAUAAUUUCUAAUAAUGUUCUUGUAUUUCCUGUGUUGCUCAAAUUGUACGUGGUCAUGUUAUUUUCCCCCAUUUGUUUUAAGGCCUAAUUUGUUUAAGAAAUUAAAUGUAUGUGGUUGUCAAA